GCCUACUAUUGCCAUGACAACCGCAUAAAAUAUCACAACAGAUGUUGAGCUGAAUGGAGAUAAGACAUAAAUCGUUUUCAAUGGAUCAAUUAUCUACACAUACUAAGAUGAGUUCCUCUUGGGCAAGACAAUAUACGAUACUAUUUAUACUACAAUACAUAAUUUUGCUGUACGACGCUAGUGUAAAUGCAUUUGUUAUAUUGUGCCCAAAUCAGCAAGUCGAUAUGCUCAUUCUUUACAUAACUCAGGAUUUAUGUUCAAUGGUGUCACUGACCAUACUUCUAGGUAGCUUUUUCUCUACAUACAUAUUUCGGGUUGGACUCAUACAUCUACUCUAUUCAAGAUUUCGCUUAGCGAUAAUGCUUUGUGUGACUUAUAUUGUUCUUAGUAUUGCAUUGCAUUCUUGGCAUAUGACUUACCAAUGGACCUCUCCACAAAUUCACCAUUGGAAUAAAGGUUUUCAUAUCACGUAUGCUAUACACAGAAUAGUUGCAGUUAUUUAUUAUUACUUCUACAAAAGAGCAACAUUGAGGAUCAGCGAUCCACGAUUGUACGAAACCUCCAGCUGGGAACAAAACCAAUUGAGUCUUCCCUGAUUUGUCGUUUGAAUAAGCACAUCAAGAAUAUAUUAACAUAACUUUAAGCUUUUUUGAACUUCAUACAUUAUUGAAUAAAAUGAAGAUGUAAAUAUAGGUUCUCGGAUAAGUAAAGUAAUCUCAAACACAAGAUAUGAAAAAUGCGCAAUUCGCUCCAAUUGGAAGCAAUUCGAAAGGAUAAUAUAUGCUAAUAUGAAUACAAACUUCAGUCAAUAACCAACAUUAAACGUUACCAUAGGCGUUGAUUAAUUAUGAAAGUGAAAUAUACUUCUGGGUUAAUCAUAAGAAUCAAUUUAAAAAGUACCAAGAGGAUGAAAACCCUUUCAAUUGGUCUGUGCAGAGAAAAGUAAACUAUGGUUAUAGCAAUGAUUUACGCAUUUAUUAAAAAGUUAUAGCAACUCGCAAGUUUUCGAUUACCCAACUUCUUUUUGUAGGAAUUUUCGUUGAAAUUUCAAGUACAUACAAUUUGUAACAUGUAUUUGGGCAAAAACGUACAUUAUUACAGCCACUCUGUAUAAAAGUUCUUAUACAACGAUGCGUCUAAUGUGCUGACAUAUUUGUAACCACAAUGUUCUUUUAAUUUUCUUAAAACGAAAUUUCCAGUUCCGCUCAAAAUUG